UAUAAAUAAGAGAACACUCGUCCUUCUUCAAUAAAGUUCACAAACAUGUCGAUUCGUGAAUUUGUCCUCGUAACGUUGUUAUUUCUACCCACACCUGUACCAGGCAAUGAUUGCCGAUGGUGUAGCGCCGUGGAAUUUUGGAGCAGCGUCGUCUGUUCUAUGGAAAAUUCCAAAACCAUUCACUUUCACGGCGUCCUCGAUAAUAACAGAAACUCGAUCCUGCUCGAGCGAUGCUUCGAGGCUUUCGCACACAGUAUCCCGCGUAAAUGCGCGAUAACAACUAUGUUGAGGACUUAUGUAUUUUCCGACAUGGAAAAUUAUACGUCUUUUAUCGAUAAUAACGACGUAAUUUAUAGGGUCGCGAAACCAUUAUCGAUCUCAAAGAUCACAUCCGACGAUGAACUUCCCUUUCUUGUGACGCCCACGGCGACUGUGAGGUUCCGAAGCUACAACAGAGACUCCUUCGGAGAGAAUACGUGGAACGUACACGUGAUUCUUGUAAAAAAUGUUCGCUCCUUCGAUCAAAUCUCGAAGAAUGACAAUUCGAAAUUCGAGUGGAAGCCGCGCGAUCGAUUCAUCGUACUGAUCGCUUGCCAAGAGGAGACGCUAAAUAAGCCGAGGCUCGACGGCGUUUUAAAGACGUUGUGGUCUAAGCGUAAAGUACAAAGCGUCUUGGUUGCUGUAGUAGACGACGCUCGAAUCGAUUCAACUGUUCGCACUUACAAUCCCUUCGCCAAAGUCAACGAUUCUGCAUACGGUCGAGUUGAAAUUAUAAAUGUAAAAACGGCGGAAGAGGCAUCGAGUCUGCUGUCUCAUUUAACCUACUCUCGUACGAGUAAUAUGAAUGGAUACGAAUUGAGAACGGGUUUGUUCUCGCUAGACGAAUCGACGGACAAAAGGCAGGGAGAAGUUAAACAUUACAAUUCCACCUUUAUUUUCGAAGGACUCGACGAAAUAAUGCUGGAUACGAUAGCUGAACGUAUGAAUUUCACAGCGAAACUAAUACCUCCGACAGAUAAACAAUCCUUUGGUUAUCAAUUAUCCAACGGGACAUAUGUCGGUGCUAUAGGAGACGUAGUACACGGUAGAACGGACAUCUGUUUCGAAUCCUUUUUCAUAAAGAAAUACAGUAUCGGUGUCGUGGAGGACGUAUACUUCAGCGUGUACAUGGACUUCGACAGAAUAUGCGUGAUUGUACCUAAAGCGAAGAAGAUACCCAAGGGAGUUCGAAUGUACCAUUUCUUUCCGCUCUCAGUUUGGAUCGUGUCCAUGUUGUCGCAGACCUUUGUGUACCUAACGUGGUAUUUUCUGCAAAUCUUCACUCCAGGAAGAACUGAAAAAAUAAGAUUUGGCACGAUGAUCUACCGAUCAAUUUUACUGAACGCCGGUUGUCCUCAAAAGUUGCCAAAGACGAAUUCCGAAAGGAUAUUAUUGUCGGGCCUUCUGCUCUCUAAUAUCACUGUGGCUGGUUUCUUCACUGGUCUGUUGUACAACAGUUUUGCGCAUGACAUGUAUUAUCCGGACAUUGAUACUCUUCGCGAUCUCGACACUUCGGGAUUGACAAUAGCACUGGCCUCCCGUAGUCUGAACGAUAUUUUUGACGACGAUAUCAAUUCGACGCUCAUGCGAAGCUUGCGAAGUAAAUUGCGAUACGGCGAAAACGCGGUGCCAAAUGCAGCUUAUUAUCGAAAUGGUUCGGGAUUGGCAAAGGGAAACUAUUUCCCCGCUUUUAACGAGCAAUACGUCGACGUGAAUGGUAAUUCGUUGAUUCAUCUUGUCAAGGAGUGUCCAGGUACAUUCUUCUUAUCGUAUUUGCUGCCUAAGAAUUCGAUUUUGCAAGAAGCAAUAAACGUGUUGAUCGGUCAACUAAAUCAAGCCGGCUUAACCCUGUUAUGGAGCAAAAAGGACAUUCAGAGUCAGACGGUUAAAGAAAGGGCUCUGUCUAAAGAAAAGCUAGUUAAAAACGAGUUAAGAACGAACAGUUUUGUGCCAUUCAAUCUAUCCGACGUGCAAUCAUCCUUCUAUAUGCUACUGCUAGGACUGUUUAUAUCUACUAUAGUAUUUUUCCACGAGAAAGGCUGGCUGAAACCAUUAUCGUUAUCGCGUAUCAAAAGAUCAGACUCGGAACCUAUAUACGCUCAUCAUCAAACGAGAUAGAGCCAUGUCUGUUUCUUUUCAAUUUUUCUUUCCUCAGCGGAAUUUCUUUUCUAAAGAACAAGAUUGCAAAAAGUGCGCAGGCAAAGUAUAGAAAAGGAAGCGUAAAAGCUCUUCUUUCAUGCUCUGAUUCCUUUCAGAUCCGGAUCCUUCAAUUAUAGUAGUCAUGGAAGAUACCAGAAGCAAAUUAUUUAGUAAUAUAGUAA